UCUGACUGGGGCUCGAACCCGGACCAUCGCGGUGGGAAGCCAGCGACUAACCGCCUGAGCUAUUUAGCUUACUGCAGGAGCACUGACGCUGGUAACAACACGGGGGAACUGAACACCGGAAGGGCUAAACAGAGUCCAUUAGGAUCUCAUUAUCAUUGUGUUCUGUUCCUGCCCUGGAUGGGGAUCAGACUGUCGCAAAGGCUGCGACUCGGACCUACGGUACAGCGACCAGCGGAGGCCCUGUGCACCAGGGCACAGCACCCCGGAAGCAGAGCAUGAGAUCGUGACGUCAUGUCACUCAGUCGUUGCCAGCUACACCGCGGUGAGCGCUUCGAACUGACGAGCGCGCAGUUCACAGUGGAGCGAGGCUACGGCAGCAUCGUGCAGCAGGAUGACGAAGACUCUGACCAGGGCCUCAUCAUGCGGGAGAGUUUCCCCACCUACCCGGAGCCCACAACCACUGACGACAGUUCCACCUUCUUCCGGGAUGGGCGCCGGAAGAUUGAUUUCGUGUUGGUGUACGAAGAGAAUACCAGACGUUCCAGACGGUCCACGUUGCUGGAGACAUCUGGCGACAGGAAGACCAACAAGCUGGACACAUGGCGCCAGCGUUUCAUGGCCAACCUAAGGCGCGAGGGCCUCGACAUGGAGGAGGAGGUGAUUGAGACCAGCAACAAGAAGCUGCUAUGCUUCAUUAAGCUCCAUGCCACAUGGCCCAUUCUGUGCCACUAUGCAGAGGAGAUGAACAUGCGUGCACCGUUGCAGGCUCAUCCAAACCCAUCAGUGAACUGGUCACAGCUGGUUCUUAAGGCACUCAGGCUGCCCAACAUAAUGCAUGAAGAAGUCCCCAACAAGCCACUGGACUACUACACCUGUCCAUUCAAGAAGUCCAAGCUGGACAGGUUCCUGGGCUGUGACGAUAGGGAGAACUACUUCACAAAUGUGCAGCGAGGGCGCAUUCUGUAUGAGAUCCUCUCCACUGCCCUGUUUGGCAAGAAGAAGAAGGGUGAGGUCGGAAUAGACCGGCUGGUAGAGGAAGGAGUGUUCUCUUCUGCCUUCCCCCUACAUGAUGGCCCGUAUGAAGUUAGGAAGAAGAAGGGUGUCACUGAGAACGCUCUGAAUGCUCGGCAGGUGCUGUACGAAUACUGGGCACGCUGGGGGAAGUGGUACAAAUAUCAGCCUCUGGACCAUAUUCGGGAGUACUUUGGGGAGAAGAUUGCCAUCUACUUUGCGUGGUUGGGGUUCUACACAGGAUGGCUACUGCCAGCUGCACUGGUUGGCCUCCUGGUGUUUCUGUAUGGUCUAUGUACAAUGCACUCCAACCAGCUGGCUGCAGAGGUGUGCAACAGUGGGGGAGAGUUCAACAUGUGUCCACUCUGUGACAUCGAUGUGGGCUGCAACUUCUGGAACCUGAGUGAGGUGUGCAGCUAUGCGCAGCUUGCAUAUCUGUUUGAUCACCCAGGCACAGUAUUCUAUGCUGUGUUCAUGUCCUUCUGGGCUGUGACAUUCCUGGAGUACUGGAAGCGUAAGUCAGUGAGCUUGGCACACCACUGGGAUUGCAUGGGCUUCCAAGAGGAAGAAGAGCGUCCACGUCCAGAGUUUGCUGCCCGGGCACCCUUCCUGGAGCGGAACCCUGUCACUGGAAUACAAGAGCCCAGCUUCCCCAGCUCACUGCGCAACAAGAGGGUAGCGGCCGGCAUUGGCAUCAUCUUCCUCAUGAUCUCACUCGUCAUCAUCUUCAUUGUGGCAGUCAUCAUCUACCGUGUGCUGGUGUCCAUCCCGCUCUUCCAAAACUCCACCUUCAGGGCACAGGCCCAGGCCAUUGCCAACAUGACAGGUGCUGUAGUGAACCUGAUCCUCAUCAUGGCAAUGAGCCGUGUGUACGAGAAACUGGCCUUCCGACUCACUACCUGGGAGAUGCACCGUACCCAGACCGAGUUUGAUGACAAUCUCACCUUCAAAGUAUUCAUCUUCCAGUUCGUCAACUUCUACUCCUCAAUCUUCUAUAUUGCCUUCUUCAAAGGCCGCUUUGUUGGCUACCCUGGCAACUAUACUCGCAUCCUUCGGCUGCGCAACGAGGAUUGCAGUGCAGGGGGGUGUCUGAUUGAGCUGGCCCAGCAGCUGGCAGUGAUCAUGAUUGGAAAACAGAUCAUCAACAAUGCCCAGGAGAUCUUUGUGCCCAAAAUGAAAGCAUGGUGGCAGAAGAAGCAGGUCCAGUUGUCCAAGAUGCACAGAACAAGGUGGGAAGAGGACUACCAGUUGAUUGACAGUGAGGGACUCUUCCAGGAGUACCUGGAGAUGGUUCUCCAGUUUGGGUUCAUUACUAUCUUUGUGGCUGCCUUCCCUCUGGCUCCACUGUUUGCGCUGUUGAACAACUGGGUGGAGAUACGGCUGGAUGCACAGAAGUUUGUAUGCGAGACAAGACGCAUUGUGGCAGAACGGGCAGAGAAUAUUGGCAUCUGGUUCAAGAUCCUGGAUAUGCUGGCUCACCUGGCAGUUAUCAGCAAUGCAUUCCUGAUUGCCUUUACAUCAGAAUUCCUGCCAAAACUGUUGUACCAAUAUGAGUAUGACUGGAACUUAGUGGGAUAUGUCAACUUCACCCUGGCCUAUGCCCCACCAGAGACUAUGCCCCAGCAAUGCCGGUACCGUGGUCUGCGAGAUGAGAGGGGCAACCACACUCCCUUCUUCUGGCGAUUACUGGCUGUGAGGCUUGCCUUUGUCAUUGUGUUUGAGCAUGUGGUGUUCGGGAUUUGCCGCAUGAUCGAUGUACUGGUGCCCGAUAUACCCGAGAGCCUGGAACUGAAGAUCAAGCGUGAGCGGUAUCUAGCAAAGCAGGCCCUUCAGGACUCCGACACCUUCAUGAAGGUUGCUGCACGAAAGGAAGAUGACGAUGAUGAUGACCCACUUCCAAAUGGCGGGAUGGUUCUGGAUUUAACUGCAGAGCUAGGGACUCUACCCCUUGCAGAAACAAAAGAUGGCUCAACAUCAUGCCACCUAGAUGGCCAGCUACCAGAGCCAGAAUGCCAUUGAGCCGAGACAAAGACAUUCACCUUAGAAGAGGAGCUACUCCACUUUGUGUCAGACACACUGACAGACAAACUCUAUGGUGCUGUACUAACCUAUUUCAGUUACCAAUACUGUACAUAAGAUUAACACUUGAUUCCUUCCUUGUAGCACAAGUUGACAUUCCACAUCAAUGAAGCGUCAUAUUUUCCAGUUUAUAUAAAAGCAUACAAUAUGGGAACUUCAUUUACAUGCAUUCACUUCUUAGAGUAACAAAAAAACAGAAUAUACAAACACAUCAUCUCUGCUAUCAGAGGAGUUGGUAGACAACUCUGGGGCAUAUGCCAACAAUCUCCAUGCCUGAAAUACCACUGUCUUCCAUAGCUCAUCCUCCUCGAUUUCUUUCAUGUCCUUUCUUCCUUCCUUCAGUAUGUCAUCUUUCCUAACUUGUUCCCAUCUUGAUUUUGGUCUUCCUCUUGGGUAUUCUCCUUUUAGUUUCAUGCUCAAAACUAUGUGUGGGAUUCUCUCAUGGCCAUGUCAUAUUAUUCUGUAAUUUGUCUUAUGUAUUUAUCCCCAGAUUCUGAUUGAAUUGCUUAUUAUUCUCUUUAUUCUGGGUUUUCCUUCUGCACUUCACAAAAAUUUCAUCCCAGCUGCCAUUACACACCCUACAUAAAUACUUUGCACUCUUCUGUGAGGAAAGGUGAGUAUGGAACUUUGCAGUAGAUGUUACAGUGAUGUCAUACAUUUUGUAACAAGCAGGAAUGCGCCACAGCUCAAGCGGUUAGUCACUGGCUUCCUACCAUGGUGGCCCGGGUUCAAUCCCGGGUCUGGUCAAGU